AUGAAAAAAAAUGAAAGGGAAUAUCCCACGCUCCCAUAUACUGUACAUCCUAUAUUGAACGGUCUUGCCACCGCCCUCAACUUCCUCCACCGGACCUGUUCUUUUGUCCACCCGGCAACAUCUGACCGCACUUUUGUCUGCAAGAUUAGCGAUGUCGGCCUCUCUCGCCUGUGCCAAAUCCGAGGUCUACUCGUUCGGGGUCAUGCUGCUGCAAGUCCUCAUGUUGAGACCGCGAUUGAGUCAGGCCAGUUAGCGAAUGUGCUCGACCGCACAGUUGGGGACUUGGCCCUCUCAUUGGCCAAGCUGGCUUUAAAGUAUUGUGAACUGAGGAGAAGGGAAGAGGAUGAGGGACGUGGGAUUGGAAGUGUCGUGUGUGGUGAGCUUUUUCGAUGCACACUCGCAGGGUCAUUGGAAGUAACGCAGAGGUCGAGUGGCUCGGAGCCCACCACGAGCCUAACGUACAGAAUGAAACACGCCUUGAUGUCUGUGCAGUCAACGGCUCCUAUUGUCUCUGAUGACCAUGAAAAAGGCGCGCUCUUGAAUCACGAUUCGUUCAAUUACCUAAAGCAAAAACUUUUUGGAAAAUGA